GGGUCCCUCAAAAAGUUAUGCUAUUGGUCUGUGACGCAAAGAGGCGCGUGUAUCAGCUGUGGCGAGUAUGGCUAACAUACGUACGCGGACACGUGAAUCCUGAUGCCUGGCGAUAUGAAUUUGUAUAAGUGCCUUAACAGUUGGGUUGGGAUGAUUCUUUCUUUCAUCACCAAUUACCAUCAUGGCUUCUUUCAAUUAUAUGAACAACACUGCGCCCUUCUGGGACUUCCUUGCCAGUGUCGAGCAGCAAGGAAACAACCACCCCUUCUUCGGUCGAAACCGUCAGGACCGCAGCAACGACAACGAGCACGGCGAAGACCACGAAGGUCAACGUCCACCCCCCUUCGAUCCUUGGGGAUGGAGCCAGCAGCUUUUUGGUCCUCCCGGAGGACUGCCUCACCGCGGUCCACCAGGAGGGCAUGGCCCACAAUCCCACCACGCUGAACAUGGUCCUCGUAACGACCAUGACGGAGAGAGGAACGGCGAGAAAGGUGACAACAACAACGACAACAACGUUGAGGACAACGACGACGAUAAGGGCAACGAACAAGGACCUGCUGGCUCCGGCUCUGAUAGCGAGGGAGGCCGUCGUUGCGGACGCAGACGCCAUGGCCACUGCGGUGGCCGCGGUGGCCGUCACGGAUUUGGAGGCCGAGGCGGUUUUGGUCCUCACCAUGGUGGACCAGGUCACUACGGCCGUCAUGGUCACCACGGUCCUCCUCAUGAAGGGCCUGGUCUCGGCCAUCGCAGCUUUCAUCAUGGCCCACCUCCACCUCACGAGGGCUCUUACGGUGGCCCCCACUGCCGCGGGCCUCGUGGUCACCAUCAUCCCGGCAGAUUUGGAGGACGCGGACCUUGGGGCUUUGAUGGCCCUCUCAGUGGAGCCGACUUCAACCCUGCCUCUCUCUUUGCACCGUUUUUUGAUGCCUUUGUAGCCGAGCAGCCUUCGAACAGGAACAAGGACACUGCUCCUAGGGACAAUGAAGACUUCAGCCCGGAAGCAGACAUCUUCGACACGCCCUUGUCCUACAUUAUUCACGUCUCGCUUCCUGGAGCAAAGAAGGAAGACGUUGGCGUCAACUGGGACGCCGAAAAGUCAGAGCUUUCUGUCGCAGGUGUCAUUUAUCGCCCUGGAGAUGAAGACCUCUUGAAGACGCUGGCAAUGAACGAGAGAAAGGCUGGACCUUUCGAAAGGAAAAUUAGGUUGGGUAGCAGGGCUAAUCCGGCACAUGUCGAUGCCGAUAGCAUCACUGCUAAACUAGAGGAUGGUGUAUUGAAGAUUGAGGUCAGAAAAGAGGAUGAGGGGUUCAUUGAGAUUAAGAAGGUGGAUAUCGAGUAGCUGAGCAACCGCUCGAUCGAACUGUUGGUGUGGGCUUUCACGCAGAUAAUAGGCGUCCGGUGU